CUGGAAACAAAUAUGUAUGUGUACUAUAUUGUACACAUAAUAAUCAUCAGCAAACCCAGGAACCGACCCAUAUGCCCUUAUCGACUCAGGAAGUAGAAUUUACUUUAUUCAUUUGCAUCGCCGGUUUGCAUCUGCCAGCUUUUCUGAAUAACCUCGGUGACCCUGUCGAGUGUCUUCUUUUUAAUUUACUAAAAGUGGAACAAGAGGAGAGUAUUCGACCUUGUCAAUAACAGACCUUAGUUUUGUUGACAUCUCUACUUUCACUGUUUAUGUCGAGGUUUUAGCAUUAAUUUCAUUUUUUCGGGUAUAAGGCUAUCACCCUUGAAGCAGCAGCUUACUAGCUGCUCUCAGCCUUCUGGCAGUAUCCGAUUAGCGUUGUAUUAAGUGAUUAUUGCUGCGAGGGCCGAGAAAUAUAAGCGCGUCUGUUUGUAAUCGAACGCGAAAACGGUUCAAAGCAAUUAUAUCUCUCUCUUCUUUCCGCAGUUGGACAACAUUACCACCUGCCUAACCUUCCUGGCCGAACUCGGUGUGAAUACUGACGGACUGCACGCCAGAGACAUAAAAGAAGGCAAUCUCAAAUCAAUUCUCGGUCUCUUUUUCUCCUUAUCCCGAUUCAAACAACAGCAAAAAGCUCAAAACGGCAACCAACCUAAUAGAAAAUCUACUGAAGGCAAUGCAACAAGUUCUAUUCCGAAACAACGUUCGUCCUUACCGACGGCUGCUGGUGGAACUUCAAAUGCCAAUUCGGAUAUGAUAUCAAGAUUCAAAUCCGAAUCAAAAAGCUCGAAAACGAAUAAUCAAUCUUCUUCUAAGUUGAAGUAUUCGUCAAACAACAACAAUAAUUCAAUCAGUUCUCCUGCUGGAGGAUCGAACAAUUUAACAGCUAAGAAUAAUAAUCGACCGGAAUCUUUCUCUUCUCGUUCCGAGUCACCGUCCUCUUCUACUGGAAUACCCACACCGUCCUCAAGAUUACCACAAAGAAGAACGAUAAAUUCCUCGACAUCGUCUAUUGCUUCAUCUUCUUGCUCAUCCUCGAAACCAAAUAACAACAGCAUGCUGGAUAAAUUCAAAUUUUUUCAAUCGAAGGAUAAGAAGAAGGGUCAAUCAACUAUACCUGAAGACGGAACGGCGGCAGCGAGAUUAGCAACGGGCACUUCUUCGCCGAAAUUGUCAAUUAAGGCUUUUGCAAAGAAAACUCUGGGAAAGAAAAAUUCUGAAGAGUAUCCAUCUAUUCCACCUCCCCAAACGCAAAUAGUCAGUCCGGUUGAAAUGCAACCACAACAACUACAAUUUGCUGUUGCAUCUUCCAAAAAAUCCUCCAAAUCCGAUGCUAAGCAACAACAAUCCAUUCCUGCCAAAUAUCAACAAAUCACAAGUCGUCCAAAUGGUGCUGCUGCAAGGAAUAGCACAAAUAGAACGUCGAUAGCAUCAAAUAGCAGUACAGGAUCUAGUAGUUAUCUCUCAAAUAGAGGUAUACCAAAGCCGACAUCAGCCUCUAAAAUUAAAUCUGAUUCCUCGAAAAUAAUGCAAUCUAAGCACCGAAAGUCAUCGGACAAGAAUGCUAACAAAGUUUCUCACAAGGCGCAUAGCACCACAACAAACCCCACAUCUCCUCUACAACCGGUACCUGAAACCGACCCCUCUGUUAGGCUACAGCCUCUAGGCAGUGCUCAAGAAACUGAAGUAUCAGAUUCAAAAAAGAAGAGUUCUACCAAACAAAAGAAAUUACAGGAUGCCUUGAAACAGCAACAAGCUACUAGAGCCGCUUUAGCUCAGCACAAGGCAGAAAGUCGAGCAAAGAAAAUAAUAGAAAAAUCCGAUAGCGAAAAUGUGCCCAGCAGUGUCGCUAGUAGUUCCAGUUCUUUAUGUUCAGUAACUGGAAGUCAGGGUGGAAAGAGCAGUUCUUCUUCAAAAUCAAAUAAUAGUGGCGACAGCGUCAUAUUCAGACCUUCUUCAUGUGAUGAAUUAGAUUCAAAUGAUAGCAGUGUGCCACCUUCGCCAGCCAUGCAUGCCCGAUCUGAUCAUAUUUCUAAUUUAAGAAAACAUAAACCUCCUCCAACGCCAACUAGAUCUGUGUCUAUUGCCAAUCAAAAUCAGAAGAUUGAGACGACGUUUUCAGAUGAAAUUGCCUCUUCACCAGUACAAGUUCAAGCUAUGGAACCUUUACCGAGAGUUUCACCAUACGCUUAUUUAAGAGUAGGUCUAAAUGCAACUGUUCAAACAUCGGUUCCGCCCCUCGGCUUGGGAACAACUAAAGAUAGUGCUGCUCAUCGCUUGAUUGAUCCGACAAAAUUCUACUUGAACAAAAAGGCGUCGAACGAAGUUGAUUUAGCCGCCGGUUACAUGUCAGACGGUGACGUUCUUUGUUCUUCGAACAAUAGUUCAGUGGAUCCCGCUGGGUACUUGAGUGAGGGAGGAACCAGCGUAUACGCGAGAAGGAUGCAGCAAAGAUUUAGAGAAGGGAUGCAAGCAGUUAAGGAAUGUAUGCAAAAGUCAUCCGCUUUGAUGGACCAUGAUAGCGUUGACGACGACAGUUCGAUUAGUUCUGGAGAACUUAGCGAUGCAAUCGGAGAAACUUCGGUCGACGAUCUCAAUUCAGGAUUACCAUCGGCGGGCAAAUAUCGUCCAGUAGCUGGUACGGCUUAUUCAGCCAUACAGUUAGGUACGAAGACGCCAUCUAGCGGGAGUCGAACUACCCCAAAAUCUUCGUGGCGGCCAACUGAUGACUCCUUAAAAAAGAAACGGGAUAGCGAUACUAAUGGAGAUGCUUUAGCCCUAGCAAUGCUUCGAAAACAUAUUCAAUCAACUCCUGCAGCAACUGGCUUGUCAAGACGGCCAUUAUCUGCUAGCGGAGCUAACGGUGACAGUAUUAGAACAAAUGGUCAGCAAGUAUUAUAUGGCGGAGUUACAAGUCCAGCUUCAGAACCCGGAACGGCGUCUCUUAAUCGACGAAUGAUGUCUGGACGCCAGAUGAACAACACACUAGGUUCAACAAGAAGUAGCCCUGGCGACGCACCAUCCGAUUGGCCUGCGAGACCAACAAGUGGAUCAUGGAUGAAAAGGAACAUCAUGGGUGACGGCGAAGAAACCCUGUCUAUACAAGCUCAGAUUGCUCAAGCCCGGGCCAGUUCUGCUGCCCAAAAGAACAUGCUAGCCCAAGAGAGAGGUGAAAGUGGGGAACCUCUCUCACCAGCCCAUAGUACAUCGUCAAAAUUAUCAUACAAGCAGUACUCUGACGAAGUUCAUGGUUCCUCUUUAUCAAUCGCUUCUCAGGGAUCCAGUGUCUAUUCAACGGCUGAAGAAAAACUGCAAGCAGAGUUGAGAAAACUUGCAAGAGAACGAGACAAUGCUUUAGAACAAAGAAAUACCUUACAGCACAAACUCUCUUCGAAUGAAAAUGCACACGCUCAUAUGGUGGCUGUGUAUGAACAAUCCUUGACGAAUAUGACUACAAGGCUUCAGCAAGAGACAUCGAUUAGAGAGAGAAUUGAACAAGAAAACAAGCAGCUGCAAAUGCACCUGCAACAAAACGCUAUAACGUCUCCCACUUCCGAUUCGUCACUCAAGCAUCACGUGUCUUCCGAUAGCGUCUCUUCGCUUAAUUCUUUGACUUCUAAUAGCACCCUUGACGAGAAAAAGAAGAAAAAGGGUUGGUUACGUAGCUCUUUUUCAAAAUUGGGCAAUGGCUCCGGCCAGAAAAAGAAAAACAAUAACAGAGCAACUCGUAACGGAAGUUUUUCGGAUGCUGAAGGAGGUGGUUCCGACUCUCUAAGUAUCAGAUCAAUAGAAAGUGCGUCCGUUCCUAAUUCACCUUUGCCUCUACAUCAUUUACAUGCUUAUACCAGUCCCACAAAAGAUUUACCUUCUGUAUUAGAUUUGCAACAGCAAUUACAGGAGAAAGAUAGAGAAUUAGCUGACACUCGUUUAGAGAAUUUGUCUUCAGCUCACCAAAUCGAUCAGAUGAGAGAGACGCUUAAGAGAAUGAAGAAUGAAAUGAUGGCAUUAAAAUCAGAUAAUCAGCGAUUACAAAAGUUGGCAAGUAGGGAAGACAACAGUCAAUCUUCCAAUUCUCCUUUAAAUUCACCGCAGGAAACUAUCGGAAAGCUGAGUCUGACGGAUGACCUCCUACUAGGCUCCGAAAUAGAUAAAGACGGAAGGAGAAUUAGUGUACGAAUUGAAAUUGGAGACGGCAAAGACGUUGUCAUGUCAGCCGUUCAAGUCAGUGGGAAGACAAAAUGGGAGAAUUUAGAUCUACAGUUGAAGAAAGUCUUCAGGGAAUAUGUCUUACGAGUCGAUCCGGUUACUAAUUUAGGAUUAGAAUCUGAUUCUGUACUUUCGUACUCGAUUGGGGACAUUCUUCGUAUACCAAAUAUGGAAGAAACACCCGAAUUAUUACCCUGCGGUUAUUUAGUUGGAGAUAAUGAAAUAAUCGUUAGACUGAAAAAUCACGAGGAAGAAUGUGUGGAAGCCCUGUCUAUGGACACGCUGAUACCUAGAAAUAUUUUACAUAGAUAUGUAAGUCUCCUAUUAGAACACGGAAGACUAAUGUUGUCAGGUCCGUCAGGAACCGGAAAAUCUCACCUGGCUAGAAAAUUGGCAGAACACGUUUGUUUUAGAGUCAAACAACCAUUAUCAUCAAUCGCUUCAUUUCAAGUUGAACAUAAAUCAUCAAAAGAACUUCGAGCCUAUUUAGCCUCCGUUGCUGAACAAAUGGAACGAAAUUCCCCUGAUGCACCAUCAAUAAUUUUACUUGAUAACGUUCAUCAUGUGUUAGCGUCUCUUCCAGAAGCUUUAGAACCAUUUUUAAGUGUCACCAGAAAUUUGAGAUCGCCAAUUAUUAUUGGCACAAUGGCGUCAUCUGCUGCUGCAUCCUUACAAUUACACCAUGACUUUAAAUGGGUUUUAUGUGCCACACAUGUGGAACCAGUUAAAGGUCUACUUGGCCGGAUAUUACGGAGGAAACUAAUAGAACACGAAGUUAAAGCUCAAGCAAGAGACGGAGGCUUAGCUAAUUUAGUGGACUGGCUGCCCAGGGUAUGGCAGCAUGUGAACACAUUUCUAGAAACUCAUGCAUCCAGCGAUGUCACGCUUGGGCCUCGUCUUUUCAUUGGUUGCCCUUUACAAUCUGACAGUGCUCAUGUCUGGUUUACGGACGUUUGGAAUUAUAGCCUGCUGCCUUAUAUUAGAGACGCCGUUCGGGACGGUUUACAAAUGUUCGGACGACGUGUUGCUAGUUGGUCCGAUCCAGCUCAAUUUGUAUUAGACACUUUCCCAUGGAGUCGUGGGCCCCAAAUGGAUGCUGGCCUCCUCCGUCUUCGACCGGAGGAUGUUGGCUUUGAUACGGCACCUAGUAAUGCUCCAGCAGUACCUGUUCCCAGUAGUCCUGCACCAACCCGUCAUUCCAGCCAGCCAAGCGAAACUCUGGACAAUGAUCCAUUAACGAAUAUGCUAAUGAGACUGCAGGAAGCAGCUGUUACUAACUGCCAAAGUACCGAUUCCGAAGCUGGUUUAGAUGAAUCCCGAGACGAAAGCUAACGAUUAUGGUCCGAAAAUAUAACAAAAAAGAAAAUAUUGCCGGGCAAAUCCCCUUCAUACCCCUUCUAGUCAGAAACCGAAAAUCUUACACUUGACCUCCAUUCGUCCUGAUCCUCAUCUAUAUGAUUGGAAAAGCACAAAAACAGAGACUGUUGCUACUCUCUUUCGUCAAAUUGUUUGCGGUGGUGUUUUUAUCGUUCGCUUAUACAAAGGAUGAAGUUAUUGGGGGUUGACAUACGGGUUAUUAUUUAUUCGCUUUAUAAUGAAAUACAUGGUCUACUAUUUCCUUUUUUACUCUUUUGAAAAAUUCACAAAGAAAAGAAAAAGGAAAAAAAUUUUUUAUUGAUGAUUCUCAUAAAAGAAAAAGAGGAAAGAGAAAGAAAGAAGAAAAGAUAGAAACGGUGCUAUACUGCCACGCCGAUGGAUUUUUUCGGGAGGGGAUUAAAUUGACGUUCAAACGCAUUCUAUGCGCUAAAAAUCCUGGAAAAAAUCCAUUUUUAGUCGGUGCUUGUUUUAUCGAAUGUAUAUUUACACAUGAGUUGUUUAGUUGGUUUGUAGAAUUUUUAGCGAGUUUUUUUUUUGUGUGCCUUUGCACAUCCGAAAUUGUUCGUGUGGUGUUGAAUUAUUAUUUAAAUACAAUUAAUUGUAUACAAUUUAACUAAAGUGACAAAUCUUCAUAAUUAUUUUAAAGUUGCAAAACACUUUAUCCACUCUUUGAUAACAAAGAAGUUUCACUCAAGUACCAGAUGGCACUACU